UCUACGAACUCUACUGCAAAGAUAACGGGAAAUAGAAGAAAUAAUUUUGAAAAGUUUGCCCAGAAAUUAAACAUGUCGGUGGCCUUCAUAUCAAGAGUGAUGAGUGAACUAGAGCGUUAUCCAGAUGAGGAUCCAAGUAUGGAUACUGAUGAAAAGAUGGUUCGAAAAACGGUAAUUGAUGAGCUGAAAUUGAUGCAAGAUUUACUGAGAGACAAGGAAUCGGGAGGGACGAGAAUCCUAGACUAUUCGGUAGCUGACUCUGACGAGUGGACUCUACUUUCUACUAACCCCAAAACACAUACAGCAAUAGCCAAUGCCCGAGAUUGGCUGCUUAAGUUAAAAAUAAUUACGAAAAGUUGCCCAAGAAACAUGUCAGAGGCCGUCAUGAUAGGGGUGAUAAUGGAACUAGAGCGUUAUCCAGUUGUGAAUCCAAGUAUCGAUACUGAUGCUGAGAUGAUACUGAAAGAGGUGAUUAAUGAGCUGAGCAUGAUGCUGGAUUUCUUGAGAGGCAAGGAAUCGGGAGAGAGGAGCAGCCUACACUAUUUGGUAGCUGACUUUGAUGAGAUGACUCAACUUUCAAAGAACCCCACAGCCCAAAGAGCAAUAGCCUAUGCACGAGAUUGGCUGCUUUAUAUAGAUGGGUACAUGGCGGAGUUUGGGGUCGAUGAGGAGCGUCGCUUGGACGACAAUGCGACGCGGUAUAUUGGCUCUGAGAUUUUCAAUCACGAGCAGCAGCGGAUCGACUAUGAGGGCAUGUGGACAUGUCUAAACCUUAUUAAUGGAAAAAGUAUGAAGGACGUGGUCGUGGAUAUGAUGGUGAAGUGGAUGGUGAGAGACGGGUUGAUAGCGGAGAUACCACCAUGUUAUUAUUAUACACGCAGCAUCUUAGAAUUUUCGUCGUGCGGAUAUCCCAUAAACAUGUGGGUGGCCAUCAUAUUAUGGGCGAUCGAGCAACUGUACAGGUUUAAGGUGGCCAAAAUAUUAUACAAUGGAAUCCCGGAAGAGAUAUUAGCAGAGCUAGAAAUUAUGGUGUGUGAAUUGACCAAGGCGUAUGCACUGGGUGAGGUGGAAUUGGAGGAGUUGAGCAGGCUAAAUUAUUUACUACCUGACUAUGCUGAUAUAGCUCAGUUAUCAGCGAAUCUCGCGAUAAACAUUGAUGAGGACUUGGCCAAAAAUAAAAUGACACAUGGUCUAUAUUGGCUGAGAAAGGUACGAAAUCGAAGGCCGGAGUUUGUUGGUGGCGAGAGGGUGAACAGUCCACUAAGUGUAGGAGACGAAGGUGUCGUGGUGGGCUUUGAGAAAGACGUGCAGCUUAUUAGUAGAGCAAUCCUGAAUGAGGAGAGCAGUGUUAAAGUGAUUCUUAUCAAAGGCAUGGUUGGUUCGGGAAAGACAACUCUUGCCAGACAAGUGUACAACCACAUGUCCGUCACUGGGAAAUUCAAUGGCCGCGCUGCAUGGAUAAGCAUUUCUAGUGACACAAGUGCGAAUGAGGUACUUGUGGAACUCAUACACAUGUUCGGAGAUUCGCCAUUGGAGGGAAUGGACAACCAUAGCCUCCUAGGAAAGCUUUACCGCCUCCUGCAAGGAAUGCCAUUUUUCAUAGUUCUCGAUAACCUGCCAAAACAAAUGCCCAUUCAUUCCAUCUUGAAUGCUCUUCCCGAGGAAGGUAUGUUUAUCAUUAUUUCUUAUCUUAGAAUAUACUCUCUCCGUCACAAGUAG